AUGUCAUCCCAACCACAAGAAGUAUCUGGUAAUGCUCCCUCUAUACAAUCUGUGAGAUCGAAGGCUGAUCCUGCAUGGGAACAUUGUGUUCAAGUAGCUAGCAAAAACCCAAGUGGCAAACCUCGCUUAAGAUUUUUGUAUUGUGCAAAGGAAUUUGGAGGUGGAGGGAUACAUAGAAUGAAAGAGCAUCUUGCGGGAAUAAAAGGAGAUAUAAUAAGUUGUAAAAAAGUUUCGGGUGAUGUUUGCUUUCGGUUGGGAGAAAAUUUGAAAGAAAUUGAAGAGAAGAAAGGUAAGAAACAAGAUAUAUAUGAGGAGGACAAUCCCUAUGGUCCUAGUGUCACACCAUUUGAAGGGGAUGCUCCAAAUUUGCAAGAGGUUCCUCCGACACAGAUUCAAACUCCUACUCCAACUUCUUCUCAGCAAAAUAUUCAAACUUCUGGCUUAAGACCAUCUCAAGCUAUGAAAAGCAAGCCAUCUGCACCAAUAGACAAAUUCUUUGCCCCAAGGACAAGUCCAGGUGCACAACCGGGAAUUAGAAGUGUGUUUGCAGGUAAGGAAGCCGUGCAUAGAGCAGACUUAGCUAUGGCUAGGUGGCUCUAUGAUUGUUGUAUUCCAAUUAAUGCUGUUAAUUCUCCUUACUUCCAGCCUAUGAUAGAUGCUAUUGCAGCUAUUGGACCUAGUUAUAAAGGGCCGUCUUAUCAUGCUUUUAGAACCAAAUUACUACAAGAUAUGAAAAAGGAGGUUCAAUUGUUAGUUGAUGAGUGUAGAGGCUUUUGGGCAGAAACUGGUUGCACAAUAAUGACUGAUGGUUGGCAAGAUCAAAGAAAUAGACAAUUGAUUAAUUUUCUUGUUUACUGUCCUAGAGGGAUUGUGUUCAUUAAGUCUGUUGAUGCCUCGGAUAUUGUGAAGGAUGCCCAAACUCUUUGUAACUUAUUCUUGGAAAUGGUUACAUUUGUUGGUGUGGAUAAUGUGGUUCAUUUGGUAACUGAUAAUGCAGCUAAUUAUAAAGCUGCUGGGAGGUUAUUAACUGACAAGCAUCCUUCUAUAUAUUGGUCUCCAUGUGUUGCCCAUUGCUUAAAUUUAAUUUUAGCAGACAUUGGCAAAAUGGGUAUUGUUACUAGUUUGGCAUCAAGAGCUUCAAAGGUUUCAAAAUUCAUUUACAAUCAUGCAUUUUUGCUUGCCUGGCUGAGGAAAAGAGAAGGUUGGAAAGAAAUUAUCCAUCCAGGGCCAACACGAUUUGCUACUACAUUUAUUACAUUAAAAAGUCUUCUUGAUCACAAGCAUGAUUUACAAGCCCUGGUAACUAGCAAGGCAUUUUUAGAUUCCAGAUACUACAGAGAUCAAAGAGCCAAAGAUGUAACAAUGAUUAUAUUAGAUAACAAGUUCUGGAAUGAUUAUGAAUGGUGGCGAUAUUUUGGAGGUAGUUGUCCAAAUGUGAAAAAGUUAGCUAUUCAAUUGUUAAGCCAAACUACAUCUUCAUCGGGUUGUGAAAGGAAUUGGAGUGUCUUUGAAAGAAUACACUCCAAGAAAAGGAAUAGGUUGGAGCAUAAAAGGCUGAAUGAUCUUGUCUUUGUUCAUUACAAUUUUCAUUUGAGGAAUAGAGUUGUUAACAAGAACAAAACUUUUGACCCUAUUGAUUAUGAAAGUAUUGAUAAGAUUGAAUAUUGGAUAACUGAAGAAGUUGAUUCUCCUCCGCUUUCAACACUUCGUGCUGAUGAGAUCGAAGAAGACAUCAUUUAUGAUGAUACAACACUACCAAUGCCAAAAGGUUUCAUCAGUGAAGAAGAUAAUUAUGAAGAGAGGGGCAAUAAGGCUCAAGUUAAGGAUGGAUGCUUUGGAAUUGAAGUUGGAGUAGGUGUUGAUUUAGGGUCAUUUUCUCAGGAAGAUAUUGAUAGUCAUAGUGCAGAGGCUACAAACCCAGAUGCCUUUUUGGAGACUCAUGCUUGGCUUAAUCAAGAUCCUUCAAUAUUUGAUAAGUCAUCAAGUCAUUUGUCUUAG